AUGCGUCCGGGCAAUUCUAAUUACUCUGAUGGCCCAAAACGAGUUGCCCCUCCAUUAAAUAGACCUUACCAACAAAUUCAUCGUUCUCCCAAAGACAAUUAUAAAUCUUACAGAAAAGAACAUAGUUGGAAAGCAAUUACACCAGCAAAGAAAAAUUCAAUACCUGCAGCGCCAUAUCCAUCACUUCCAACAAAAGGACAAGUACUUGAUGAAAAAAACAAAAUUGAUUCACAAAUUAUUGAAUACCAAAUUGAUCUUUCUACACUUCGUCAAGCACCACAAACUGUAGGAGUUGUUUCUCAUGUCGAAAGUCAACCAGAUUCUCUUGGUGUCGUUGAUGUUGGAGGUUUUAUUGCAAAUAUGAACUUAGUUGAUUCAGUAAUUGCACAAAAUAAGAAUAAUGCAAAACUAGCAGCCAAAGAAGCAUCCGUUGAUGCUAAUCAAAGAAUGAUGUUUUCUUCACAUGCGCCUUAUGCAGUUCAAGAUUUACGAGAACAUGAAGAUUUAUUACCAUUAUUAUUUACGUCUGUAUUUUAUACUAAAAUGAUUGAAAAAGAGAAAGAAGAAGCUCUUGCAGAGCAAUAUGACACAAUGCGGGGAAUUUGGAAUACUCAAUGCGAUGCUGUUGAUACAAUAGCAGAAAAUCCAGUUUUCCCAUGGCCAGAAGACAUGCCAGAAUCUAUGACAAAGACCGCAGAUGAUAAAGUAUACAUGGAAUUUGUUGCUGAUGAUACUCCGAUGAUUAUUAACCCUGCUGAAAAAGAUGUGUUUAAAUUUAAUACUGAUGCAAGGCUUGUUAAUGAUCCUGUAUCCGAGCAUCAUGUUUAUAAACAAAGAGUUAAAUGGUCUGAGGAAGAAAAGAACAUCUUUCUUGAACAAUGGUGUUCUCAUCCUAAAGAUUUCGUUAAAAUCGCUUCGUUCCUGCCUGAUAAGUCUGUAAAGGAGGUAAUUGAGUUCUAUUACCUUAACAAGAACUUGUAUGAUAUGAAGAACCUUCAAGCAGCUUCAAAGAAAAGAGCUGGAGGUAGAAAGAAAGUUGCAUCUGAAGGUGCAAUACAUAAGUAA